GGCGGAGCCCUGCAGGUGGGUGCGGGCCGGGCCGGCUCCUCGGGCUUGGCUCCUUGGAAUCUGGCUCCUCCCGGGGUUUGGCUUUUCAGGAUGCAGCCCCCGCUCCCCGUCCCGCCCAGGGAUUCGGCUGCCGCGGGAUGCGGCUCCUUUUCCCUGCGGAGGGUCCGGUUACAGGUUUGCGAGUAUUGGCACCGGUGGGGCUGGCUCGUUGCGGGGGAUAAUGAGGAGGCCUCUGGAUACACUGCAGGGCUUAUGUUACCUUGGAGGAGAAAAUGCACGGAAACUUGCACUGAUGGAUGCCUAACAUCACCCCACAGAUACUGGAAUUGCUGAUGGCCUCCUCUGAAUGUCUGGUGGGGUAAAAGCUGCGUGGAGAUCUCCAGAGCUGCAGGAUUUUCUGUCCCCACUCACGUGAGCUCCUUGGUCUGUAGCUGUGGCACCCAUUUUCCUGUUCAGCAUUUCCCUGGAUGAUGGUGCUCUGUUUUCUGGGCAGAGCCCUGCCACGAGCAAGGCAUUCACACAGCUCACUGGGGAGACAACUCUGCUCAGCCAGCACGAAUAAGCCAGUGUUGACUUUAUUCACCAAGAAACCAUGCCCUCUGUGUGAUGAAGCAAAAGAAGUUCUCGAGCCAUACAAGAGAAGGUUUGUUCUGCAGGAGGUGGAUAUUACCCUUCCAGAGAACUCAGCAUGGUAUGAUAAAUACAAAUAUGACAUACCUGUUUUUCACUUAAAUGGGAAGUUCCUAAUGAAACAUCGAGUUGACAUUCAAAAGUUUGAGGACCGACUUCAGAAGCUGGAGUUGCAGAGUGAGGGAAACCAGUGAAGAAAAUGCAGCUGCUUUGAUGCAGAUCUCAAAGGUGAAAAGAACUAUGUGGAAAAAAAAAAAAAGCCAUAUUCAUUAUCUGGCCUUAAAUUUCUUGUGAAUUUUCAGACUCAUAUGAGUCUGAAAAAUGUGAGUGACUUGUGUUCUAUUUUGUAUUAAUCACCCAGCCGAGCUGCAGCAGGAGCCACCUUUUCUGUGCCGUUCAUUUGCUGCUCUCAUAGCCUGGUUUUUCACUGGCAAAAUAAAAGCUGCUCCAUAACAGCAGAUAAAGUAAAUUCUGCAUGGGGGUGGCAUGGCCAGGUUUGGGUAGUGGCUGUGUUAUGGGGGUGAUUUGUCUGAGAAACUGCUAAGAACUGUGUCCAGCUGAGCCAAUGCCAGCCAGGUCCAGAAUGACCCCUCUGGCCACGUCUGAGACCAUCAGUGAUGAUGAGUAAGAUGGAAAGAACAUUUAAUAAAAUGACCACAAACCCCGUUCUCCAUCUCCCUGAACCACUGAGGGGAAGGAGGAAGAGAUAACUGAGAGUGAAGUUAAGCCUGGGAAGAAGGGAAGGGUGGGACAAAGGAGUUUUUAAGAUUUAGUUUUUAAUUUGUCUUUAUUCUAUUGUGAUUUGAUUGGUAAUAAACUAAUUUCCCUAAGUCAAGUCUCUGCCUGUGACAGUGACCAUUGACUGAUCUCUCUCUGUGUUCUCAUCUCAGCCCACAAGCCUUUCAUUGUAUUUUCUGUCUCCUGCCCAGCUGGUGAAUGGACUGAUAGGGUAACCUUUGUGGUUGUGUGGCACCCAGCCAGGUUCAGUGUUUAAAAGGAUGAUUAGCAAGUGUAGAUUGUAGUUGUGUAUGAGACCUCCUUGGAGAAGUCUAGGAGCCUAUCCUAAAUGGUAAUUUGAAAUGGAAAAGAGGGCAUUUACUGUUAAAAGGACACUUGAUUAAAGACCACACACUCACUGGAAUUGUGUCUAUAGAAUGAUCAUCACAAUUUGAUACAGGUAUUGCUAAAACCUAACACUGAAUAGUUUAUUUUUCAUAUUUCAGUUCAGUUUGCUACACAGCUGCAAAUCCAUUUAUCAUGUGGCAAGAAUGCCAUUUUAUCAAGGAUUGCUGCAGUUACAUUAGAGCACCAUAGGCAAUAUAGGCCUGUGAAGGAGACAGAAUGCCCAAGUCAAACAUAUUUUCAGGAAGAAGAGAAUGACAGAUUCAGGAAAAGUCAACCAUUUUGGGCUAAAUAGUCUGUAAUAGAAUGGAGAAAGAUGCUGGUGUUUUUGAUGUACUUAAUAGAUUCUUUAACACAGAAGCUAAUCCCUACCUUCUGCAUUUCUGUUCUUAUCAUGGUGGUAUUCAGUCUUUUCUUCUCACUAGGAAUUUAAGCAGGUUCUCUUGAUAGAUGUGUCUUCACAUGGAGAAAAAUCCAGACGCAAUGCCUGGCUGGAACAGCAAACUGAAAUACAGCAGGAUUCAUGACAGACUCUAAGUUUUGGAGUAUGGUUUAAUAAGAAGUCAGCUGAUCUGCUGUGCUGAAAAUGGGCUGUUCCUUCAUGGCCUCAUCCUGCAGUGUCUUUAGCAUUUGACAGAUAAUUUGCAAUCCAGUUUUGAUGUAUUCCCUAAGAUGGAGAAUUUCUGGGGAGUAAGAAAUUAAAACUUCCUUCCAGUUUAGCAGCUUCAGUCCACUCAGGUUGGGGUCUGAAACUAUCCAAGAUUUCCCAGGAGGGAGAUCUAUGCCAUUUUUAUAGAGGACUUGAGCUAAGUUCAGCCACAUCAUGGAUCUACAGUGUUUUUCAUCACCAUUAGCAGAAGAACAGGGCUCUAGAGACAAAAGCUUCUGUCAGCAGUUCAUAAUGCUAUGGUCAAACUUGUAACUGUUCCACAGGUUACUAUUAAAUAAAAGAUCUGAAUUACCUCUGUA